GGAUCGGUUGUAAAUUUCAUAUUAACACUUUGAAAGGAAAUUGUCUUUUACGGUAGCUGACAUUAAUGAACGGAUUUGUGGUUUGUCGCUUUAAUUUGUGGCAGUGUCGCUACAAUCUGGGGUAGGACAGCAUGAGAUACUGGGGUUUUAGAACAAAACGGCAUGAAGUCCCACUGGUCCCACAAUAACGUCGUGGAGAACCACCACUGGGAGUUUCCUCGGCUUUCAAGGUUCCAUAUUCAAAGAACUCACCUGCAUUAUAUCCAGAAACUUUCCACAUAGCAAUGGCCAGACUGUUGCAAGAUCCAUCUAAACUUCAUCCCUCAGAAUGGCACACUGCAAACAGAAUGCAGCGUGCCAGUACAGAGUCCCAGAAAUCCAGGUCAGAAUGCAUGAUAGCUGAGAGUUGGAGGCUGGUGGACGAAAUAGAAAAGACAACUCAAAAAACCCAAAGCGAUGUCAACAAGAAAUUAGAACAGAGACGGGACGAGAUAAAAUUCUGGAAGCAAGAGUUAGAUAACAAGCUAGACCAAAUUGUUCAUGAGACAGAGAUACUGUUGACUUUCAAGAAUAGGCUGGAGAGAGCUUUGGAGGGCUGCAAAGAGCCCCUUGUCAUUGCCCAAAAGUGUCUCCUGUACAGGCAGAAGCGAGUUGGGAUUGACUUGGUGCAUGAUGAAGUGGAACAGGAACUGCUGAAGGAAGCAGAAGUCAUUCAGGGGGUUAUUGCUUUACUUGGACGUACAUUGGAACAAACAAAUGAGCAAAUCAGACGAAACCGUUCAGCAAAAUACAACCUGGAUAUGGAUCUGAAGGACAAAUUCACAGCUUUGACAAUUGAUGAUUACUGUGCUAGCUUGACAAAUGACACUCCUCAUAUUAUAUAUGCUGAUAAUGCAAUGAAACUAGAAGGAAAUUUUGUUAGCCCUGAGGACUGGAUAGAUUUCUCAAACAUAAAUGUUGAAAAGGCUGACAAGCAGCGAAACAAUUCUUUGGCACUGAAGGCACUUAUCAAUAGCAUCCUCUCACAGACAGCAAAUGACAUGCGUAAGCAAUGUGAGAUGGUGAAUAAUGCUUUUAGAAAUAGGGUGAAGGAAGUCAAGGAUGCCAAGCACAAGCUAGAGACACUUCUUGCAAUGCUCUGUGUUUGUGCCACUACAGAGAUGAAUUUCUGGAGUCACUCAUUCAAUCUAAAUGUUGCUGUAGCCAUCAGUAAAGUCAGGAUUUUCCUCAUGAUUUUUAGUUGCAUGAGGCUCCUAUAGCUUUUUCAGGAUUGUGAUAUAAUUGAUAACAGCAGGGUCAAUGUGCUCAAAAUUUGAUGCAUGAAAACUGAGUAUUAAUAUUAAAAAUUAAUUGCUGAGCAUAAAUUUCUGGGUUCACUCAGAAUGGUGCCAUCUGCUUUCCAAUGAAGGAAUCAUACUCCUGGCUAAGCUUUGCAAAAUAUAAUUUGAUGAAACAACAACAUAGUGAGUGUUACUGUGAUUGUUACAACUAUUAAAGACGAUGAUGAUGAUGAUUUCACACAUUGUAAGAGAUGGUGUGCAGAAUUUCAUGGUUGGAUUUGUUAAGGUGAUGGAUGAGACUGCCUCACAGGAGAAGAACAUUGCAGCCUUAAAGAAAGCAAUUGCUGAUAAGGAAGGACCUGUAAAAGUGGCUCAAACCCGCUUGGAAGCGAGGAACCAUCGCCCCAAUGUGGAACUGUGCUAUGACACAGUGCACAGCAGUCUGAUGCGUGAAGUUCAUGAGAUUACCAAAAAUAUUCAAAGGCAAGUGGAAAUGAUGCAAGAGGAAAAUCUGUGGUACUGGUUAAUUUAAUGUGUCAGCAUAACAAUGGGUCCCAACUAUUCUCCC